AUGACGCAAGGGCUCUUUUGGGAAAUUGUGGGCGGGGCUGACAAAGGCGGUAUCUUGGUGCGAGCAGGCAAAGAACUGAAGUCCGAGGAAAAAUCGGGGAGGCUGUCGCAUGGAGCACUGGUUAGGGAGAUUGAAUUCUUGGAGAAUGGGCGACUUCACUAUGAAAUAGUGAAGGGCACGGGCCCGGAGAGUGGUUGGGUCAGCAUCCAGAUCUCCGGGAAAGAGUUGGCGCGUCGCACCGCGGCGCCCUUGGAGGAUGACUUGGAGGAUGAGGCGCCCGAGGGAACGUCGGAGUUGCAGUGGCAGAUCCAGAAACGCUGCAACAAGGAGAUGAAGAGACCGGUACCGGAGUGGAAACAGAUUUCCAUCGAACAGGUGAUGAAGAACCACGAAAAGUUGGCGCCUGGGAUGUUCUACGGCCUGAACUUUCCCUGGACCGAAGAGAUGCUCCUGAGCUCCAAAUUUGGCGCUGAGUGGCUGACACAAGCCAUGCACGUGGCCGGCACCUUGUCUCAGGACAACAAAAUUCUGAAGGUCAGUGCAGAUCCCUUCAAGAUCACCACAGGAAACAAUGGAGGCAAAUUCCUCUUCGAGGUGGAGUAUCUUCAUUCUUCUCCGGAUCUUCAUACUCGUCUGUUCGCGAAGAUUCCGCAUUCCAUGGAAGCUGCCACGCAAUCGGACCGCCUUAGCACCUCUGUGAACAAACAGCCCAUGGAGUUUUAUGAGCUGAACUCCUCUCGGCUUUUGGAAGCCACCUUGCCAGUGAAGAUUCCCAGGUAUUAUUUUGGCGACAUCAGCAAUGAGACGUCCAACUUCAUCCUGAUCACAGAGAGCAUCAAUUUCAAAGAUCCACAGCGGUUGGACUUUGAGGGCAAGACACGAGGAGCUCCCAAGGAGCGCUUGCAGCCUUUUGAGAUCGAAGGUCCCUAUGACAAAUGUAUGGAUUGGUGCCUCCGUGGAGAGCCCAAGGAGUACUACAUGGCCUUGGUUCGUUGCGGAGCCAAGAUGGCCGGCCUGGGGAAAGCAGGCGCCUUCGGAGAUACCACACAUCUGAGGAAAUACUUUGAGGACUUCAGCUCUGUACCAAAGGAAGCUUAUGGCAUAAAGGCGGAGUGCAGCGGCCAACCACCCAAUCAGCUGAAGACCAAGAUUGACACCGCACUGAGUUUUAUGGCUGACACAGGGAAGGUCCUCUUCCCAUCCUUUUGUGGCACCGAAGUCUUUCAGCAAAAGCUCAGGACAACUCUGAUGAAGUUGAAUGCUUACAUGGCUGAGAUGAACUACUGGUGCCAUUCAGAUCCUGACUAUAUCGUGUUCACCCACAACAACCUCAACGUUGACAAUGGCUACUUCUGGCGCAACGCCGAAGGAGAGCUAGAGCUGGGAGUGUUCGAUUGGGGCUCUAUGGGUUCAAAAUCUUUGGGCUUCAAGAUGUGGUGGUGGAUGUACUGUCAAGACUUCGAGGGGAUGUCCGAAAACAUGGACGCCUACCUGGACUGCGCAGUGAGCACAAUGAAGGAUUUUGGAGGACCCAGCUUGGACAAAGAGGUCUUGCGGAUGCAGUUCACCCUCACUGCCCUGCAGCAGAUGUUUGGACUCAUCGCGGCAGUUGGUCAGAUCUACAAGAUGUGCCCCAAGAAGGAAUGGCCCAGCAUCAAGGAUCGCUACGACCCGAGGGUGGGAGAAAACAUCCACGGCAAGAGCACCUUGAGGCUCUAUCUCCAAGUGAUGAGGACGAUCUGCUUGAUCUUGGAAGAGUGGAAGGCCGACCAAAUCGUUGACGACUUUGAGGAGAAAGUCACGAGCUUGCUUGGGGUGGGCAAAAAAGGAGACGUCUGCACGCCACUCUUCCGAAUCCAGAUCAUCUUCGGCCAGCAAAAAGUGCUAUUGGGCCUGAUCCAUACCUCGGCUAUGACUUGGGGUGACCAGUUGGCGAUGAAGUCUUCUCAGACCCCCGAGAAGAAGCCAAUGCGCUCCGUCACCGAGUGGGUUAUUGGAACUGGUGAUAACGAACAAAUCGUCAGCGAUGAAAAAGGGUCCAGGCAACAAACUGCUGCCAAGAACUUCUUCAGAAAGAAUGAGCUCAUUGUGGCUGAGCCGUGGUUCACGGCAGCAGUUGCGCCGUGCUGUGCUGGCGGGGGCAUCAUGGAUUUGGUGGAAUGGAGGACCGUGGUGUCCCGGGAUUGGACGCGUCUCAAGGACGCUCCAAACAAGGUGAAGGGCGACCGCGCCGCGGCGCUGGCGGCGGUGCGACAGUCACCAGAGGCCUUAAGAUACUUGGAGCCACAUUUGCGGCUGGACCGGCAGAUCGUGCUGGCAGCGAUUGCGACGCCGCGGCAGGAGCUUACUUCGCCCGAGGAAGAGUGUGCUGUGGAAGUAGCUGCUUUCAGAGCAAUGGAGGACGUGGCGUCGCUGGGUUCUAUGGCUUUAGAGCUGGGCUAUUCAACCUUCAGGUUCACUCAAGUUCUUUGUAAUGAGCUCAUGCCAUCUCCUAGCGACGUCGCCUCAUUGCCGACACAGGGCUCGCCAACUGAUCCCUUGGGAACUGCGGGCACUGAGGGCCUGGUCUGGCGACGCCGUACAUUGAGCUGCACACGCUCCUGUCAUCAAGGACCACUGCACCGCCCUCGAUCUUCGCAGGCUGCAAUCCCAGCUGCCUCGCAUGAACCAGGACAUUGGACUCGGAGCAUCAGUGCCUCGGUGAUCAUGGAUGGCCGAGUUGUGCCCAAAUGGUGCUCCCAGAAAAUCGCAGCGAGGAGCUAUGGAAGGCCGUUCGUCCCGAAGUGA